AUGGAGAUUCAUAAAGGACCUAUUAUAGAUGAAGUCCAGCAAUAUCUCGAUGCUAGAUGGAUUUGUGCUCUCGAGGCUUUAUGGAAAAUCUUCAGAUUUACAAUCUAUCGAAUGAAUCCAGCUGUUGAAAGAUUACAAAUUUAUUUACCAAAUCGACAGCAAGUGCGAUUUUAUGAGCACCAAAACAUCAAUGACGUGUUGAAUGAUGAUAACAACUCCAAAACCAUGCUCACACAAUUUUUUGCCCUCAAUCAAAGAGAUCCCCAAUCUAGAACAUUUUUGUAUCGAGAAAUUCCAAAGCAUUAUUGUUGGAAUAAUAGACCUAAGGAAUGGUACCCAAGAAGGUCAAACAAGAAAGUUACCGAUCAAAUUUAUAUUGUAUCCCCUUCUGAAAGAGAUAAAUUCUUCUUGCGGGUUUUGCUUUCUCACAUAAGAGGACCAACUAGUUGGGAAUAUCUAUUAUCACCAAAUGAAACAUAUUAUCACACAUUUAAAAAGACGGCUGAGAAAUUGGGAUUUUUAGAAAGUGACAAUAGUAUUCAUGAAUGCUUAGUUGAAGCAUCAACUUUAAAAAUGCCAUAUGCUUUACGAAGACUAUUUGUGACCUUAUUACUAAACCCUAAACCAACUAAUGUUAGAAGCCUUUGGAAUCAGUUCCACACCUUUAUGCUAGAAGAUUAUACUUCAACCAACACUUCUGUCAAUGAGAACUUGCUUCCUAUGUUAUUGAGGGAUUUAAAUGACCUUUUAAUUCAGCAUGGUAAAACAAUCAAGGAUUUUGAUUUGCCACUUUUAUCUUAUGAUGCAUUGGAAACUACUUCAGUACCAAGAAUUAUACAAGAAGAAUUAUCAAUAUAG